AAGUGGGAGGAAUUUUAGGGUAACAAUAGGGAUAACUGGAGGCAAAAAUGUUACGCCUGCCGGAAUGUUGCCAGCUCCUCUGCUCUUCAGGCUUGAACUAUGAUGUCAAAGGAGAUGUUGCAGUUGUACGUUUCAACUCCCCAGAUUCAAAGGUCAACACUCUGUCCAAACAGCUGCAGUCAGAGUUCACAGAGGUAAUGAAUGAAAUCUGGGCCAAUGAGGCGAUCAAAAGUGCUGUCCUGAUCUCGGCAAAGCCAGGCUGCUUCAUUGCUGGGGCUGAUAUCAGGGAUGGAAAGAAGGUGCACUGCAGAGGUGCCCAACUCACUGGUACAUAAUGACCCAACCUGUCACAGCUGAAAUGCUGACUGUGACAAGCGCUGCAGGCUUCAAGAAAACAUCAUUCAGUCCUGGAACAUUCUUCCAGAUAACUUUCUAUUAAAACGAAAUAUUCAAAAGUUCAUGGUUAAGUACUUGUUGCUUGGAGGUAAUGAAUUACUCAUUUGAUCUUAUAAUAACUAUUUUAACUUAUAAUAUCCCUGUAAAAUACCAAUUAGAGGCUGCUCUGCAUUUGAAUCUGAGCAAAACAAGUCUGUAUUUGCAUGCUCUUUUCAGACAUUUUGUUCUUUGUGAUUUUGCUGAAUUUAAAGUGUUUAUGAAAACGGGAGGAUUCAAGAACAGAGCCUCUUCUUACUGGAUCACUUUAUAUGGAGUGAUCCCAGCAGGGCCAAAAUGCCACAGGUAUGUCUUAUAUUAGAUAACAGCAAGUGUUCUCCAGUCGUUAUAGCAUGACGGCUGCAGCAUAGCCAGGGCUGUAGGAAUUGUGCCUUCGGGAAGAAAUGGUUAAUAAUCGAUUCAUUCCAGUUUCAGUUUGUCAGCCUUCCGCUUCGUUACCCUGACCCUUGGGGAAAUGUGCACCCUGCUGAAAUGUUACAGCAGAUGGGUCUGCAUGCACAGAACUCCGCUCAGGGGGCGUGUGGCAGCUGACACUGGCCGUUGGAGGCAGGAAGACAGGGGGAUCCAUCGAACGUUCCUGUUUACAAUAAGAUCGUUGGGUUGCACUUAUUUUUAUUGUGCGUCUAAUUCGUAGGAAGACGCUUUCCCCCCAGUGCUGAGCUCUGCUGCACAGGCCGCACUUGGAUUUUAAAUGUAGUAACUUACGUGCUGGUUAGAGAGGGGGAAACGAGCUCAGUGGACCGACAUGAAGUAAAUACCUUCCUUCAAGCUUUCCUUUUUGAGCAGCGCCUUUGCGGUCAAACAGGCUUGGGGCCAGCUUGGGCCCUCUCUCACAAUUCUGCCAGCCCAUCCCACGCCCGACUUGUGACACCCCCCUCUACUAGUCCAGUCCUGGUCUUCCCCCCGACCACGCAGACGCUGCUCUGCAGUGCACUUCAGUGGGUGUUGUGAGUGCUCAGCAUUUUGUACAGGGCCUAGCACAAUGGGGCCUCAGACUGAAGGCUGAAAGGCUACCGGGGCUCCGCACCUCCACUGCUCUAGCACUUCAGUAUAGACACUACCUGCGCCCACAGGAGGGGCUCUUCUGUUGCUGUUGUUCAUCCACCUCCCCAAGAGGUGGUAGCUAGGUCGACAGAAGAAUCCUGCUAUUGAUCUAAGGCUGGCUAUGCAGGGGCUUAGGUUGGCUUAAGUACGUUUUUCAAGCACUUUCCCCAAGGCCAUGCCCCACUCUGCCUCUUCCCGCACACUUCU